ACCUCUCUCAAUGUUCUUAUUAUUACUUCACUCUUCAGCUUCCAUGGACAAAUUUUUCUCCUUCUUCAUCUUCUUCAUCAGCCUCACUAUUCAACCCUUUCACCACUUUCAUCACUUACCUUAGCCUUUAUCUCAAGCUUUUCUGCCCUAAUUUCGAUUGAUUUUUCAUUUCUCUUACCUCAAGUUUCUAUUUUUAUCUUUCAAAAACCGUUUUUGGAUUCAGCUAAGUGUUGGGGUUUUCUGAAUUUAGCUAGAUAUACACCAUUCUGAUUCCAAAGUUGCACUCUUUUUGGAGAUUCCGGAACUGGAUUUUGGGUUGAAGCAUUGGGAACUUCUGGAACCUUUGUUUGGUAGAUUAUAAAGUUUGUUCCUUUUGGAAGGGUUGUUUGCUUCAUCAAUAAAGUUCUAGCUUCAGGGGCAUCUAGAUUUUGAUAUAAACUAUGUUGAAUUGAGGGUUUUGUAGACUUGUUGGAAUGCCAUAUUGAAUUCAAAGGCAGUUUGCAAUUACUCAAAUUCCCGAAAGACAUGUGGUCAGCCUUUUUACAGCUGAAAUGAAGAAUUUGCAGAGUCCAGAGGAAUUGCAGUCACCAACUCAAGCAUCUCAUGAGCCGAAGAGCGAACCGCCAAACAAUCACACAAGUGAUGCUCCCGUUGCCGACUCAGGUUCGGCAUCCGCCUCGAGCAAUGAUAACAAGAAAGUUUCGCGGCAGGAUAUCGAGCUUGUCCAAAAUUUAAUAGAAAGGUGCCUACAAUUAUAUAUGAACAAAGAUGAAGUGGUCAAAACACUACUGACUCGUGCUAAGAUAGAUCCUGGAUUUACAACUCUCGUUUGGCAGAAGUUAGAGGAAGAGAAUGCCGAUUUCUUCAGGGCGUACUACAUCAGGCUUAAAUUGAAAAAGCAAAUACUCCUGUUUAAUCAUUUGCUUGAGCAUCAGUAUCAUCUGAUGAAGGGUCCCAUGGCAGCAAAGGUUCCAUUGGCUCCAAUACAGAAUGGAAUCCAUCCAAUGCCUGUUAACAACCUACCUAUGGGAUAUCCAGUGCUACAACAGCCUCCGAUGGCUGCUGCGGGUCAACCUCAUAUGGACUCUAUGGGUAUAUCGAGCUGCCAUGUGGUUAACGGAGUCCCUGCGCCGAGCAAUUUUCAUCCCAUGCGGAUGAAUUCCGGAAAUGAUAUGGUGAUGGACCACAGUGGUCCCGAGAUGGCGCCGGUUGCUCCACCGAAUGGUGCAAUGUCAUCAGUGUCCGACAUGCCGGUGAGUCCAACAUCUGUAGCAUCCACCGGCCAUUUCCCCUUCACUGCAUCAGAGAUAUCAGGAAUGGGCACGGAUACAUCGGCUCUUGACACAGCUUUUACAUCGGAUGUCGCUACUUCGGUAGGGCUACAGCUUGCGGCAGACGGUGGUGCCGGAAUCUCGAGAUCACUUGAUCAAAUUCAGUGGAAUUUUAGCCUGUCUGAUCUAACAGCUGAUUUGCCAAACUUGGGAGAUCUAGGAGCUUUGGGAAAUUAUCCCGGUUCACCAUUUUUGCCAUCUGAUUCAGACAUUUUGCUAGAAUCUCCAGACCAACAGGAUAUAGUGGAUGACUUCUUUGUUAAUUCUGAGCCACCAUGCUCCCAAUCAGAUGAGGAGAAAUCUUAAAUGAAGGUGAUGAAUCAAAGUUAUGUUUCACAUUAAAGAAAACAAAUGUUAGCUUAGGGAAAAAAAAAAAGAAGGAAAGAAGUUAGGACUAAUAAUAAAAAAUUAAAUGUCAUCUAUAUAGCAUAGUUGACAUGUAUAACAGCCUGAAUGAAAUCUUUAUCUAUCAUAUAAAUGAGGAUAGAAAUGUUAUUUCUAUGUUAAUUAAAUUAAAUGGGUUCUAGAUGCAAUGUUUUGUAUUCUUUUGGGAGAGAUUUGUUGUUCAUGAAGAAAGUGUUGGGAACUCUGUUCUUUUGUAAUUUUAUUUUAUUUUAUUUUAUGCAUUUUGGAUUUAUACUCUUGGAUA